AUGGUUCUGUUGGACAAAUUGCCAACUAAAGAUCGGUUGGAGAGGUUUAGUAUUCCUAAUGAUGGACUCUGUUCUCUUUGCAUGGUUGAGAGUGAGACUAAGAACCACCUUUUCCCUACUUGUCAUUAUGCUCAUGGUGUUUGGAGAAGAAUCUUUUUCAUUUGUGGGUUGCAAUGUCAUACCACGAGCUGGGAGGAAGAUUUGGUAUGGGCAGAGACUAAGUUGCGGGGUAAGCCCUUCGUUGUUCUUGUCCUUAAUCUUGCUUGGACUGGAUAUUUGUAUUGCAUUUGGGAGGAAAGAAACUUUAGGCUGUAUAGGGGGAGUUUUCGUUCGGUUGAUACAAUUGUGGAGAAUAUUAGAGAGUUUGUCAGACUUGAAUUGUACAGUUCUCGUAUAGAUAGGGGUGAUGAGUUGUGCUGGUGGGGAUUUCUUGUAUCAGGUUGUGUUGUUUUGUUUGUACUGUUGUAG